AAAAACACAUUUAUUGCUUCUUUGUCUCCAUCUAACUCUUUCUUACACAUCUUCUCUCAACUACCUUCAUGUCCUAGUUCACUCCAUUCAUAAAAAACACACAUAUAUUGCUUUGAGUUAUUAAAUAUAUUGUAAGGAACAGUCCACCCCCCAUUUCUAUCUCCUGAGUGUACAAAAUAAAUGAUGAGAAAAGAUUGGGGGGAAAUCACGUGUUUUGGGCACCAUCGACCUUCUCUGUGAUGCUGCGCUCGUAAUGGAUUUCCCCUUCGCUGCUGCUGAUCGGGGAGCAGGAGCUCAUAAAAUCCGCUCCUACCACUUGAUGCCGCUGACCUUGGCCAGUUGGCGGUGAUCACGCCUCCUUCGCGUCAAGCUUUCCGUUUUUUUUUUGUUUUUUUUUUACAUUUUCUUUCUACCAUGGCAUCAUCCUCAUCGUCAACACUAUCACCAUCCGACGGGCUGGAUGAUGACUGCGUGGUGCAGCGCGGAAGAUCUCAGAGUGACCCGAGCAGCAUCACCGAGGUCCGCUCGGGAGAAGCCUGCAGCCCAGAUGUAAUGGACCAGCAGAGAGCGCUACACUCUGGUUGCCUGGUCUCAGGAGUCCGCACACCUCCAAUCAGACGCAACAGCAAGCUGGCGAGCCUUGGACGCAUCUUCAAGCCAUGGAAGUGGAGGAAAAAGAAAAGCGAGAAGCCAAAGCCCCCUGGAGCAGCAGAGAAGAAGGCAGCUGUACGGCAGAAGAGAGAUGAGCUCGUCAGGCGAAGCCCCAGGGAGAUGGAAACAGAGUCGGAUCUCGCUUGUGGUGGUAACGGAGAGGAUCCAGAUACCCCGACUCAGUCAGACGGUGAGGACAGAGACGAGGAGCACGUGGCGCCCCUGGCCAGUGCCACCGAGGACCUGGGAAGUGACCUGGAAUCCUCAGCAGUUCAAGAUGUGGCUGAAGAUCUGAAGGCAGUUAGAGAAACCAAUCAGAGUGAGGAUGGAGACGGAGAAGAUGAGAGCACAUCAGUAAGCGACCCCAUUGAGGAGCAGAUGAUGGAAACGGCUAAGGCCACCAAGGGGAAACAGGAAGUGGUGGCAGCCAAGCCUCAGAGACGAGCCAACACCCCUCCUCCACCAAGUCUUCCUGUCAAACUGCUCACCAGGCUGGGCAGCUUAGAUGGUGCUCCUCCAGUACCAGUGAAAAAGUCUCCAGCCACUUUACCCAGGAACUUCACACUCCCUAAAGAACCUCAUGGAUCCCUGCUGAGAGGCAGGAUCUCUACACCCACUGGAUCUCCGCACCUCGGGGCCCUUCACCAAACACUGCCCCCCAGCUGCAUAAUUGAGGAACUGCAUCGCGCCCUGGCCACCAAACAUAGACAGGAGAGUUUCCAGACGAAGGAAGCUCGCUGUUCUCCGAAACGCAGACUGGACGGCCGGCUGUCUCGGACAUCCAGCACAGAGAAGGAGUCGCUUGGGGAGUCGGACAGCAAGAAGACAUCUGAUGAGAACAAGGAGAACUGUCGCCUGGAUCAGUACAUGAGCGACGAGGACAGCUGGAAUGAGUCUGUGAUCUCUGGAACGCUCCCACGUAGGAUGAGGAAAGAGCUACUAGCGGUGAAGCUUCGGAACAGGCCCAGUAAACAGGAGCUGGAGGACCGCAACAUCUUCCCAGUCCGCAGCGACCAAGAGCGCCAGGAAAUCCGCCAGCAGAUAGAGAUGAAGCUGGCCAAGAGACUGAGCCAGAGACCGGCCGUGGAGGAGCUGGAGAGCCGGAACAUCUUAAAGCAGAGAAAUGACCAGAUUGAGCAGGAGGAGAGGAGGGAAAUAAAGCAGCGGCUAAACAGAAAGCUCAACCAGAGGCCGACAGUGGACGAGCUACGGGACAGGAAGAUCUUGAUUCGUUUCAGCGACUACGUGGAAGUGGCCAAAGCUCAGGACUACGACCGACGGGCUGACAAGCCGUGGACCAGACUGUCAGCUGCUGAUAAGGCGGCGAUCAGGAAGGAGCUGAACGAGUUCAAGAGCAAUGAGAUGGAAGUCCAUUCCUCAAGCAAGCAUCUGACAAGGUUCCAUCGGCCUUAGCAAGGUUUCUUCUGUGAAGAGUUGCGUAAAUCUGGUUCUGUCAGAGAAGACCUUGCACAGGGUCUUUGAGCAGGAUUUGGCCGUCCUGAUAUUUGGGUUCAGCGAACCUUGGAGGCUAUGCCUCUAGUAGGGGAUCUGCUGGUAGGAGAGACCGCAUACAGCAAGCUCCACCUCCGCUCAGGGGAACCCCUCGUUCACCGCCUGUUCACCCUGUCAGAGGAGCAGGAAGGACACUAAGGCGUGAAUCUCCAGGAGACAAGCAGGGACUUCUUUUUUGUAAACAGAUUAUUUUCAAAGACUUUGUUUUUGAUGCCACUGGGGGAGAUGGUGCAUGUGAUGAAGUCAACCAGUCCCACUCCAGUAAUAUUAGUCACAUCCCCGAGCUGUGUCUGAGUCUCAGUGAUUCAACUGAUCAGUUUCAUAUCAACUGUGUAAAAUGUUCUUAAAAAGAAACCUUGUCAGUGUCCAAGACAGACAUCCCUUUGUAAGCACUAUUUAUUGUCUGCACAAUACAAGUUUUCUAUUCAUAA